AUGAUCCCGCCACCAAUCGGAGUUGGUGUCCAGUCAGAUUGCGUUAGAGCUGAACCUGUGAUUUACAAGACUCUAGAAGAAUCACCGGAGGAAGUGAAUCUAAUUCGAGCAUACGCCGGAGACAGACCGACGUGGAGAACUCCGGCGCAUCCUUGGAGAGUUGAUCCUCGAUUCAAACUCACCGGAGUGCCAACUCUUGUUCGUUGGGACGGUGAGAAUGUCAAAGGUCGUCUUGAGGAUCAUCAAGCUCACCUUCCUCACCUCAUUCUCCCUCUUCUUUCGCCGACACCAACCACAUGA